GCCCCAUCCCCAUGCCACCGCCGAAGAACGGAAGAUAAGAAGCCUUACGCCCCACCGCUGCUUUUUCUUCCCGAUACUCCAUAAGGCUUCAGAUACUAAACGUGGAAUGAUCUGAAAGGUUCAGGACGACUGUGCUGGCUGUCACCCUUUGAAUGGUGGAGAAUUCCAUGUUAUUGAUCUAUUGUGAGGAAAAACAUCAACUUUAUAGAUUGGCGACCACAUUGAAGGUUCCCUUCUCUUUCCCUGUGACAAAUUGCAUCCCUGGGAACAAUUGCUGCCGCACAUAAAAGAUAAACUAGUUUUGUAUUUUCUUGGAGUUGAAAACUAUUGGGUUACCCAUGGACAACACAUCUAAAGCUUCAUCAACUCGUCCAUGGCUCUGGGUGAUUGAAGCCCUAGCAAGCUGUAGGGAAAUAGACAACUCUACUUUACAAGACUUGAUUGAUGUAGCCCCUGUAGAGCCCAGUGAAUUUGGGGAAAACACAAGCGAAUUGGUUGCUGGAAGAUGCUUGGAGACCUUGUUCGGUUCUGCUAGUGGAUUGAAGUUUGAUGCUUCCUCUAGCCCAGUUUCAAGACUUGGCUCAGGCGUUUCAAGAAGUUGUAAAGAUGUCCUCCGUCAAAUAUUUCAUGAGAUACCAUUGUCAGAUCCGGAGAUAGCUGGAGUAGAGAUUGUGCAAAGAGGUGUAUACCCAUUUGUGACACAUGAAAGAGCUAACGCUAUGAAAUUGGAAUUGGAGCAGCUGAAAGAAUCAGUCAUUGAAGGUACUCAUCCAUGUGCUGAUCGCUUAAAAGAAAUGAGUGAGCUGACACUUCAGAAUCAGGAUUUGUCUGCAAAUGAUGGCAAAUGCAAUGAUCUUUCUAAUAAUGAUAAUGAGAGUGACAUGGGAGCAAAACAGAAGUCAUCACCAAAAGAACAUUUACACGCAAGUAUUGAUGAUCCAGAAAAAGCUCAACACAAGAGUGGCAAUUCUCAAUCUGAACAGGAAAUAGAUGUUCAACCGAAGGAACCCAAUGCUGCAUAUCCAAAUCCCACACACGAAGUUACCGUUGAUUCUUUUAAUGGCGUUGGAGCAGACCACCCUGAAAUGAUUGCUUUUGCUGCCGAAAGGCAUGAGUUCUUUAGCCCUCACUAUCUAUCUGGUCAUGAUUUCUCAGAAAAUACUGAAUGGAGAGACCAAAAUCUUUGUAUGAAGUGUAAUCAAGGCGGUCAGUUACUGGUUUGUAAAACAACUACUUGCCAAUUAAAGGUUCAUGAAAGCUGUUUUAGUAAGUCUGCUCAAUGUGAUGGGAAGGGCAACUUUUUGUGCCCAUUUUGUGCAUAUUCUUGUGCUGUUUCAGAAUAUCUUGAAGCAAAAAAGAAGGUUUUUGUGGCUAGGGAAGAACUAUGUAUCUUCCUUGGUAAGGGUAUAGAGGAUCAGGCAAUGGAACUCCUUGAAGUUCAUAGAAAAGAAAAUAACUCUUCAAUCAAGGACAAGUAUGAAAAUGAUCUCAUCAAAGACAAUGGAAAUGACCAGUCAUUAGGAACAGCAAGAGAAGACAAUCAAGAACAUGUAAACGAAGUCAGUACUCUUCAGUUUGAAAGAAGUCAGCAACAGGCAGAGGCUUCCAUGCCAUGUGAUAAUAUUCCUCCGUUAUGCAGAGAAAAGGGAAUUGUAAACAAUGGGACGGAGACAGUUUUAAAUGGAGGAGAAGGAACGGGUAACAUUGAGAAUCCAAAAAUUUUACAUGUUCAAAGAGUUGAAGAAAGCCAAGUUGCAGCAGACCAUAGAACUGCUGGUGAUAGCUUAUUUCGUCAUGUUCCCUCUGUUAAGCAAAACGCUACGGGGAAAGAAAAUCAGCGGGAAUUAAUUGGAGAAUACAGCACUGAUCGGACAGAAGAGCCUGCUUGUGCGCAUUAUAAUGAAGAGAACGUUUCUGAAGAUGGCAGUGAAAAGCAUAUAAAUUCUAGAUACUCCAUGAGAUCCCGAAACUAUCAAACACAAUGCAAGCCACGACCUCCACUAUUAAGAAAACGGAAGAACGUUCCAUGGACAACUGAGGAGGAAGACAUACUAAUGGAAGGAGUGCAGAAGUUUGGAGUGAGCGACCAACAAAGAAUGCCAUGGAAGCAAAUUUGGGAAUUUGGCUCUCAUGUUUUUCUAAGUGAACGUAGGCCAGCAGAUCUGAAGGAUAAAUGGAAGAACAUAUGCAAAGCAAAAAGGAAAUCAAAAUGAAAGAGCAGCAUCUUGGGCAUGCUCCUGUGAAUAUAGUCAUGUUUAUAUGCUCUUCAUACCUAUCCCAGCCUGACGAUUUUCAGCUGUUAAGAGUUACCAUCAUAUUUUCAGUCAACUGGGUAGCUUAUAGUCGGGCUUGGUUGUAUUUGGGUUGGAUUAGAAACUAAUUCGGUGAAGAUCUAUGUAGUUAUGGAUGAUCCUGCUUAGAAAGGACUUGUAAAGAUAUAUGUAGUUAUAGUUUGAUGAUUUUUUACCCCUUUGUUAGUUAUAUUCAACUCAGCCGUUAAUAGUUGCGAUCUUCCAUUAUGUUCUUACUGUUUUAUCGUUAAUAUAAUUUAUUUAUUUCGGUA